CUGGAUUGUUUUCUUAAAGACCGACAACAGUCGCGCGCGACUCCACAUACCACACCAUUCUUGUCACACUCAAUUGACCCCCGCAACUCACUCCGCGCCGACUAGGACACACCUGUAAACUACCCAAAAACGGGACCAAGCAUCCCAGUUUCCACUAGUCUCGCUCGACCACACCUCACCGCAACAAUGCCGCUGCGGCUUCCCAUCGCAGUCGUCCCGAGGGACAUCCCUAAACUCCCAACCAAGCCCCACCCGGCGCCUUCGCCGCUCCAGGCCGCCAUCGGCGAAGUUAUCAGCGAGACCGACUACGAUGUCGUGUGUCUCCCGCUCGCCAACGACCGCUGGCGCGAGCGCUGGGACAGGCUGUGUCUCCGCCCUGUCGACGAGGAGGAGGAUGCGAUGCUCGACGCCUACAGCUCGGCAGACUCGCAAGCCGCGACCGAGCGAUCCCAGGCGCGCGCUGACGUCGACCGCGAGGCCGACCUCUGGCGACGCGAACCCAGCCUCCGCCGCGACGAGUGCAACAUUACGCGUUUGGAAGAAUCGCAGGCGGUCAUCGCCCUCGCGUCGGACUGGCUCGAACUCGACGCGCCAGAUGAGGGCAUUCGCUUCGAUUCCGAGCUCGGCCUCCGUGCGGAGAUGGCACAAGCGCUCUACCUCUCGCUGCCCGUGCUCGUCAUCCCUGCGCCUAAUCUCGCGAACCGCGCUUUCCUGCCCUCGUACGCUCGCGCGAUUAGCAACAUCCUCCAGAUGGGCGGCCAGAGCGCGUACACGCAGAUUUCUAUCCGCAUCCCAGUGUCCGACCCGCUUGAGAUUAUCGGCCAGGGCCCGGCGGGUGCCAGCAACGGCGAGCCAAGGACGCACCACCGACGCGUGUCGUCCCUCAGCAGCCGCCCAAGCUCCAUGCACCAGCAGCAGCUCAAUGCUCUCGGCCCGCUCUCGGCUGGUGGCCAGCCUUCGGGAGGCUACAGCAACGGCGGCAGCCGUAACGUCAGUGGCGCGAGCGCCCAAACCUCGGGAACCCACGCAUCUGGAGUCAGCUCCAAGAGCAUGACGCACAGCGCGAUCCAGGGCGACCCCAGCAGUACAUGGGAAAUGUGGGACUGCAUUCGUGCCAUGUGUGGCUACAACCCGCGGUUGACCAUCACGCUCGACCUGAGCAACCCUCUGCCCCCGUCCGUCGGGGCGUUAUCUCGCUGGACGUCCGAGCCAGUCAAGCACAUCUGGCUUCCUGCAACCGCAUUCAUCCCGAAUGCCAAGGGAUUCCCUGUGCUCUCCAAGGCGUGCCAAGCGUUUAUCCGCGGAAUGACCAAGCAGGCCCCAACCUUCAUCCUCUCCGAGUGCGAGAAGGUGAGGCAUCCGUCUGGUGGAGCGGCCGCGUACCCCCAGUACGUUCGCCACAUUACUUCGCAACCAACCACGUCGGGUGCCAACAUUUCGCCACAAGGACCAGAGGAGGUGGCGAAUGGCUAUGGCGACUUCCUCCAGGCACCACUGCAGCCCCUCAUGGACGACUUGGGCUCGGCUACCUACGAUGUGUUUGAGCGCGACCCUGUCAAGUACAGGCAAUACGAGGAGGCCAUCUACCUGGCCAUCGUGGAGAAGGCUGCCGAGGGCAACGACGACCUGGUGAUCGUUAUUGCGGGCGCAGGACGCGGACCUCUAGUAGCGUGCACGCUACGAGCUCUGGCCCGGGCUCAGCUCGAGGCGCGGGUAUACGCCGUCGAGAAGAACCCCAGCGCAUUUACGACUCUCGAGGAGCGCAAGGCGCUCGAGUGGGGACACCACGUCGAGAUUGUGUUCGGCGACAUGCGCACCCUCCCAGUGACCGACCUGGCCGACAUUCUCGUCUCGGAGCUGCUCGGCAGCUUUGGCGACAACGAACUGAGCCCAGAGUGUAUCGACGGCGGCAUGAGGUUCCUGAAGGCGGACGGCGUGUCCAUCCCCACGUCAUACACAGCCCACAUUGCGCCCAUCUCCAGCUCCAAGCUCCACCACGACGUGACGCAGCCGUCGCGCGCUGCGGGAGCCGCCGAGACACCCUACGUCGUCAUGAUGCAGCAGGUCAACCUGCUGUCCGGAGAAGGAGGCGGCGUGUCGGGCCGGUGCGGCGAGCGCAUCCAGCAGUGCUGGCAGUUUGAGCACCCCCGGCGCGACCUGAUACUCGACUACCAAGGGCUGCCGUACACCAACAGCCACAACACACGCUCGGCGACGCUCACCUUCCACAUCCCGCACGCGUCCCCAUGCCACGGCUUUGCGGGGUACUUUGAGGCGCACCUGUACGGCAAUGUCGGACUCUCAAUCCACCCCGACACGGCGGCGCGCGUCUCGCCAGAAAUGUUCAGCUGGUUCCCCCUCUUCUUCCCGCUCAAGCAGCCCCUGUACCUCCCCUCUGGGGCCGAGCUCGAGGUCAACAUCUGGCGCCUGGCCGACACGCGCGCCCGCAAAGUAUGGUACGAGUGGAGCGCGGAAGCCUACCUCCCCGUCACGAGCCAGGCGGCGACACACCUCGGCACGCCGCGCCUCCGCGCGCCUGCGACCCCUGGCCUGUCCUCGGACGCGAGCCCGACGCAGGACGCGCCGUACUCGCCCCGUGAGGUGGCCGCGUCGUCCGCCCCAGACCCGGGCCGUGUCAAGAUCGGCCAGACGACCCUCCACAACGCUGGCGGCGUGCACUACUGGGUCGGCCUGUAAGCUACAGAUCUUGAGGCUUGGACAUUACAUUUCGCAUGCGGUGCUCGCUCGGGAUUGGACCUGUAUGUAUACAGUAUCGUCGGCUGGUAAAUCAC